CGAGUACUUCCCGUUUGAGCAACUCGACAUCAAGGUCCCCAAGGUUGGCCACUUCUCGGAACACGAGGCGUUCAGCAAUGGCGACACAAUCCGGUGUGGGAAAUACGACAUGGUCGAAGACAUAUCCCUCUUCGACAUUUCAGUAGCGUGCAAUUAUGGCCACGGUCAUGGUGCUCCACAACUCCUGCGGUGGCUGGUGGAGCACACCGAAAUUAUUCAUAAUCCACCAUACCAGGACUGGAACUGCACAAUGAGCGUAGGCUCAACGUGUGCGUGGGACUUUGCCCUUCGCAUGUUCACAGAACCGGGCGAUUGGAUUAUUAGUGAGCAAUACUCUUUCCCGGCUGCAAUCGAGACGGCAGUCCCGAUGGGUGUACGGUGCGCCGCCGUUGCCAUGGACUCACAUGGAAUGCUGCCAUCCUCUCUUGAUGAAGUGAUGACGAAUUGGGACGAGCGUGCUCGUGGUAGCCGGAAACCCUUCCUGAUCUACACAGUUCCAACGGGCCAAAACCCGACGGGAUCGACACAGAGCCUGGACCGGAGGAGAGAAAUCUACGCCAUGGCCCGCAAGCACGACCUCUACAUCUUCGAAGACGAGCCAUACUAUUUCCUACAGAUGCAGCCAUACACUGGACCCGAUGCGCCCGAGGUCCCACCACCCACCACCCACGCAGAUUUCCUAAAGACUCUUGUUCCAUCAUAUCUCUCUCUCGAUGUCGACGGAAGAGUCAUGCGUGCUGAUUCCUUCUCCAAGGUCCUGGCACCUGGAAGUCGCACAAGCUGGAUCACCGCCUCGGAGCAAAUAUGCGAUCGCUUCCGCACCCACGCGGACGUCUCAACUCAAGGCCCUAGCGGCUUCAGCCAGCUCAUCCUCUUCAAACUCCUCGACGAGCAAUGGGGCCAUGCCGGUUACAUCGACUGGCUCAUGCACAUGCGCACCGAGUACACCCGCCGGCGAAACGUCAUGAUGGAGGCGUGCGACCUUUACCUGCCCAAGGAAAUCACCAGCUGGGUGCCCCCGAUGGCCGGCAUGUUCCACUGGAUCCAAGUCGAUUGGAAACAACAUCCGGACUACCCUCGAAGAAGCCUUCUCGAGAUCGAAGAGGAGAUCUUCUUGACCAUCGUCGCUCAUGGCACCCUCGUCAUGAAGGGAUCGUGGUUCCAAGCGGAAAAGUCGAUUCCGAGCGACACCAUGUUCUUCCGUGCUACUUAUGCCGCCGCCCGCUUCGGUCAAAUCGACGAGGCGAUUCGGCGGUUAGGCGACGCGCUGAGGUCAUCAUUUGGAUUGCCCGACUCGACGAACGGCCACCACUAGAGCUUUUCCAAUUGUGACCUAUCAUCCGCCCACCCUGAAAGGACCGUCCCCUACGCUCUCCGUCAGGCUCGCUUGGAAAUAGCAAUCAACCUCUUGACGCACUUCACGAAACCCCCUUUUUUCUUGCCCCCAUUCUUAGCGGUUCCUUGUACUACUUUUAAGCGUUGUUGCUCCUUUUUGGAUAAGUUCCAGAGCA